GCACCAAGCCUCCAAGGAGCAAGAAGAGAAGAAGCCUUGCUCGAUCAAGCAAGGUCGAAAUGGAGGUGGAGGCCAGCGCCCAUGGCGACACGGCGGCGAGCAAGUUCACGCUGCCCGUGGACUCCGAGCACAAGGCCAAGUCCUUCAGACUCUUCUCCUUCGCCAACCCCCACAUGCGUACCUUCCACCUCUCCUGGAUAUCCUUCUUCACCUGCUUCGUCUCCACCUUCGCGGCGGCACCGUUGGUGCCCAUCAUCCGUGACAACCUCAACCUCGCUAAGGCCGACAUAGGGAAUGCCGGUGUGGCAUCUGUGUCUGGGUCCAUCUUCUCCAGGCUUGCCAUGGGUGCCAUCUGCGACCUUUUAGGGCCGCGGUAUGGCUGCGCCUUCCUCGUCAUGCUCUCAGCACCCACUGUGUUUUGCAUGGCUGCUAUCGACGAUGCGUCAGGCUACAUCGCCGUACGCUUCCUCAUUGGCUUCUCCCUCGCCACCUUCGUGUCAUGCCAAUAUUGGAUGAGCACCAUGUUCAACAGUAAGAUCAUUGGCACGGUGAAUGGCCUCGCGGCCGGCUGGGGCAACAUGGGCGGUGGUGCCACACAACUCAUCAUGCCGCUUGUUUUCCAUGCCAUCCAAAAGUGUGGUGCCACACCCUUCGUGGCAUGGCGUAUUGCCUAUUUCGUGCCGGGAAUGAUGCACAUCGUCAUGGGGUUGCUUGUGCUCACUAUGGGCCAAGAUCUCCCCGACGGCAACCUUGCGAGUCUCCAGAAGAAGGGGGACAUGGCCAAGGACAAAUUCUCGAAGGUCCUUUGGGGUGCGGUCACCAACUACCGGACAUGGAUAUUCGUCCUCCUCUACGGCUACUGCAUGGGUGUCGAGCUCACCACCGACAACGUCAUCGCCGAGUACUACUACGACCACUUCCACCUUGACCUUCGCGCCGCUGGCACCAUUGCCGCUUGCUUCGGCAUGGCCAACAUCGUCGCGCGUCCUAUGGGUGGCUAUCUCUCUGACCUUGGUGCCCGCUACUUCGGCAUGCGUGCUCGGCUCUGGAACAUCUGGAUCCUCCAGACCGCUGGUGGCGCUUUCUGCAUCUGGCUCGGUCGUGCAUCGGCCCUUCCUGCCUCAGUCACGGCCAUGGUCCUCUUUUCCAUUUGUGCACAAGCUGCUUGUGGUGCUGUAUUUGGCGUCGCACCCUUCGUUUCCAGGCGUUCCCUUGGCAUCAUCUCCGGGCUGACCGGCGCUGGUGGCAAUGUUGGCGCAGGGCUAACGCAACUUCUUUUCUUCACAUCGUCGCAAUACUCCACCGGGAGGGGUCUCGAGUACAUGGGCAUCAUGAUCAUGGCAUGCACAUUACCCGUCGCUCUGGUGCACUUCCCCCAAUGGGGCUCCAUGUUCUUCCCGGCUAGCGCUGAUGCCACGGAAGAGGAAUACUAUGCUUCUGAGUGGUCGGAGGAGGAGAAGGGCAAGGGUCUCCAUAUUACAGGCCAAAAGUUCGCAGAGAACUCCCGCUCAGAGCGCGGCAGGCGCAACGUCAUCCUUGCCACAUCCGCCACGCCACCCAACAACACACCCCAGCACGUAUAAGGCCCUUAUUUUUAUGUCACCUAAGAAUUUUACUGUUCAUCACGUAUAUAUACAAACCGUAUAUCUACGUCUGCAGCCCCAGCGUAAUAAGUUGUAUGGGGAUUUAUGUUUCUACUAGUAAACUUAAGGAAACGCUGCUUUUGCGUUCCUGCUCUGUACGCAUGAAAUGUAUUAUCAAUUUGAGUCCGAAAUUACUACAUGCACAGUUUUGAUGUUUGCGUGCUUCAU